CGCCGCGUGGUCAGCUCUUGUGUGUUGGAUUGUUGUGAUUGUGUGUGAAGCGACUGUCUGCGGCAGCACCAAUGCGUCGCACUAAGUGUUGAGUGUGUAGGAAACUACGAGUAACAAGUGUGUGUUGAGUGGAGAAACUGAAACUCUCACUAUCCCCGCUGGAUAUACUCUUGCAGCCUGGCUCACACACGAGAGGGAAAGUGUGCUUUGAGAGACCUCACUCCACAUGCUUGACGCGAAGCCGCCCUCCGUCAGGUGCAGCUGGCAGCCUCGCCGAGCAUGCUGAGGGCUGAGAGUGACCGUUCUUUACACAGGAACACGCUAUGUUUGCAUUACAUCAAGCGAUACGAUUCUGUCUAACGGACGACGACUGUUUAUAAUCAAACCACUGACCAAAACACAAACAGGGACGUGAGGAGUGUAGCAGGUGGAAAAUAGAUAAAAAAUACGAAAAAAAUUCGCGAGAACAGUAUUUAGAAAGUAUCUAAGACACCCAUUAACUAAAGAAAACGUAAACGAACAUCGCGUGAGAAAGAAAACGAAACUAAUAACCACCCAAUGAGAAGAAAGCACAAGUGUUACUGAGUUGUCUGGCCACCGCACCCUCACCGCUUCGUUACCCAGCUCACCUCCUGUCACAUCGCCCCGCCGCCCGUGGAGUGUGGCAUAUGAGCCUCCGCUGGCACCCGACGCUGCAGAAGGGCGGAGCAAGGUCAUGACACACUGACUCUGCCCCGGCCUCUCCCCGCGCCGCACGCACCUAUUACCCGUGCCCUCCCUUCCUCUCCGAUAGCUAAGACUCCGCCAACGCCGCCACGAUGAUGCGAAAGGAAUCAAGAAUACGCUUUUUGGACGUGGUGUUGGACGAGGAGCGGCCGGAGCCGGAGUCUAUCACCACACAAAGCAGCCUGCGCCGCCGCUUGCUGUGGGCCCGAAACAACGCUCCGACACUCGUCUUCACCGCCCUCUUCGUCGGUGUGAAUGCCGCUGUCUUCCUGGCGAGAGCUUACCAGUACCGCCACACCAACAUCCUCGAAAUGGGCGCCCGAGCUUGUGGUCAGUGUCUCAACCUGGACUGUGCGUUGCUGCUUCUCCUUAUCCUGCGCAGGACAGUGACGCGCCUCAGAAGUUCCUCCGUGGGCCACCUGCUGCCCUGCGACCAGCACGUCCACUUCCACAAGAUGGCGGGCUGGACUGUCUUCCUUCUCUCCAUCCUCCACACUCUGUUCCACAUCGCCAACUUUGUGACGCUAGGAGACGUGACGGGCAUCAGCCUCAACGACUACAUGUGGGACACGCGGCUGGGCAUCGGCUGGGUGGCGGGCCUGGCCAACCCCACCGGCGCCGUGCUCAUGAUCCUCCUCACCAUCAUCGUUGCCUUCAGUCACCGCCUCGUCCGGAAAUCUGGCUACUUUGAGAUCUUCUACUGGACACACUUGCUGUCGCUUCCCUUCUGGGUGCUGCUGGUGCUGCACGGACCCAACUUCUGGAAAUGGCUCCUACUGCCGGGCAUCGCCUUCCUGAUGGAGACCGGGCUGAGGGUCUCCCAGGUGUGCACACCCCGAGGACAGACACACAUCCUUGGGGGCACCACGCUUCCCUCUCGGGUGGUCAAGCUGCUCAUCAGACGACCCAAGAACUUCGACUUCCAGCCCGGGGAGUACGUGUACCUAAACGUACCCUCCCUGGCGCGUUACGAGUGGCAUCCCUUCACCAUCUCCUCAGCCCCGGAGUUUGAAGAUUACUUCACGGUGCACGUCCGCUCUGUUGGGGAAUGGACCAGGCGGAUCUACGACAUGUUCAAGGAGGAAGCGAAGGAGGAGAAGGAGGAGAAGCCAGCAGUACAGGAAGGGAAGGACAGUCCUGGCAUGUUCAACCUGGCGUAUUCUUCUGACGAGGAUCUGAGGGAGGACGCCACGCACACUGUCAUUGAGGUGGAAGAGCAGGACACAGGAUCACAGAAGGGCGGCCGCUACAUAAAUAAUUUGCUAGAGUUCAACCGCAAGAUGAGCAUUUACUCCAGACCCGCAGCCCUUCUCAACGUGGAAAUGCAGCGCAAGCCUUCAGUGUCGCCCGCCGCAAUGGAGUCGCGGUGCUCCGGCAGCUUCCUGACCCUAGAACGCAAAAAGUCUUGCAGUUUGUCCAACUUAGCGGCGCUCAAAGCAGACCUGGAAAGCUCAAGACGCGGUGACUCGGGCCAGUCCUCUCUCACGGGCAGCACCUCCAGCCUGGACUCUGUCGGCGAGAACCUCUGCUCCACGCUGGCACGGACUCGCCAGCACUGCUUCCCCAGCCAGAACGCCGCACAGAACCCAGACACAAUGGCUCACCAGCUGCAGCUCCACUCUGCCAUCAAAAAGAAGAUUGAGGUGCACGUGGACGGCCCCUACGGUACGCCCUCCACCAGGAUCUUCACGGUCACGCACGCUGUCCUCAUCGGGGCAGGCAUCGGAGUCACGCCCUUCGCCUCCAUCCUGCAGAGCGUCAUGAUGAGGUAUCGUGCGGCCAAGGCUCCCUGUCCUUAUUGUCAAGUGCCCAGCUGCCUCGCUCUGCCCACCACGCUAAGGAAACUCAGAAAGGUGGACUUCGUGUGGGUGAACCGUGACCUGGGCAGCUUUGAGUGGUUCCUGGAGAUGCUGGCGGCGCUGGAGGAGGAGCAGCGUGUGGUAGGAGCCGCUAUGGAGACCUUCCUUAACCUGCAUCUGUACAAGACUGGCGCCAAUCCUCUCAGCCCGUCCCUGCCCCUCGCCUCCUCCAUCAGGACCGGGAGGCCAGACUGGGAUAAGGUAUUCAGCGGCAUCCGGGAGUCACGCGUGGGCAAGGUGUGUGUGUUCUACUGCGGCCCGCCCUCCCUGGUGAGCGUGCUGCGCGACAAAUGCAUCAAAUAUAAGUUCGAAUUCAAGCGAGAGAUGUUCUGAGGAUAUUUCGUGAAUGGACCCAAGAUCUUAACUUAUUAUUAUCAUUAUUAUUAUUAUUAUUAUUAUUAUUAUUAUUAUUAUUAUUAUUAUUAUGACUAGACCAAGUAGGUACAGAAGUAUCGGGACAGGGUUGGUAUGGCUACGUACUUCCCUUUAUCCCUCGUGUGUGUGUGUGUGUGUGUGUGUGUGUGUGUGUGUGUGUGUGUGUGUGUGUGUGUGUGUGUGUGUGCGUGCACCAAGGUUCAUGUGAUUAUAAUAGUACUGAGGACUUUAGCGUCUGUAUUUAUUGAACACAGUCCAUGGCCUUCUUCUUUUCCCUUUCAUCCAGCACACUCACACAUACACGUUAUACAUGAUAAAGUGAAGUGUAUUGUGUACAUAUAUUAUAUUUUUUAUUCACGUAUCUGUAUUACAUAGCAUACACCACCAUGUAUAUGUGUACUACAAUAUUAAUGUUAAUGAUAUCCCAGUGCUUUCAUAUCUGUUUAAUUUCCUUGAGAGUCAUGACGCAGAUGAUCACAAGUAUUCCAUUGUAUUUUUGUGCCCUAAGCUGUGAUUCCUUGCUGUGUGACGGUAACUUGCUCAGCUCACAUCAUGGUUUGUCUCAUGCAUAUUUCACUACAUUUAUUUGUAUCGCCACGUAUAUUGUAACAUUAGUAUUGCCGUGCUCUGGUGUGACGAGCAUGGCCCACUCACGUGACAGGACCGCGCGAAGUAUUGGAGGCGAAUUGUCAUUCUGUACUGCAUUAUUCUAAGUCACGAUAAAGUUGUUAGGAAUUGAAUUAUUGUCAUCUGAAAUAUCUUUGCUGUUAUAUCAGCAGAUUUAUUUAGUCUUUCAUUUUUUAUCUUAUUUUCUUUUUCUCUCAUAAGGAAUUCUUAUUAUUAUUUUCUUCUUUCUCUGAAGGAAGCCACACUUUAUUUCCUGGUAUGUAUUAGUUUGGAGAAAUGCAAUGUUGUGUUUGUAUGUAUUUAUUUAUGCUACAUGUUUCUUCACACACACACACUGUAGUACUGAACGGCAGCAUGUGUCCCUAAGUAAGCAUCCUCUCAUUUGUACAUUGGACAUUCAUACACAGUUCCAGUUACCUGAAGGAGCAAUGUAGAUAUAUUCGUGAAGCACUAAACCUCAACACACCACGAGGAAACACUUCGGUUCCUCUUGGGGAAAAAAAUCCCAUUCAUUCAUCUAUAUAUUUGAACCAGUGCACAAGAUCAUGUGUAGACUACAGCCGUGACAGCACCCGUGGCCUGCUGCUGUAUCCCCGCCGUCCCCUCUCCCUGAGUCACGGCCGGACAGCGCAGGCAAGGUCCCGUCUCAGGAGACUCGCCAUUGUUCCUAUUGCAUUGAGUUGGCGUCCCCGCUACCUCUUGUACCUUGCUGGCACACGCGACUAGCGGCAUCGCCAUCCUCCCUGACCACACCGCUAGAUUAUCAUUUGAAGAGGUUUUAUGUAGAUUCAUUUUCUGACUGAUAACUGUGUGUGUGUGUGUGUGUGUGUGUGUGUGUGUGUGUGUGUGUGUGUGUGUAUACACGAACAUUCACAGUCAGUGAUGUCACAUUCUAGAAGUGCCCGAAUUUCAACACAUUGCUGCUUUUACACAACUUAUUUAUCUACAUAUACAUGUUGUGUACACGAUUCUUUUUUCUAUGCCGAUACAGGAGUUUUGUUGCUAAUUUUAUUGCCUUCCUUCCCUGCAAGUGUAGAGAGAGAGCUCUAGAAUAAAGAAAUAUUGAUUAA